GGCGGGACCCAGACUUAGGAAACGAAACUGGCGGGCGACGAGGGCGCGGGCGAUGCCUCAGAAAAUGAAACUGAAGCAGGGCUGUGGUCAUGUGACCGGUGGCUCUGAAUAAAGGCGGCUGCUUCCCCGGGAGUUUGGCUUCUAGACCUGCAGCCGCCCGCCGGCCCCGCAGCCCUGCCUGGAAGCAUGGAGUGCCCCUCUUGCAGGCAUGUCCCCAAAGAGGAAGCUCCCAAGUUCUGCAGCGAGUGUGGACAGCGGCUGCUCCCGGCCGUCCCGGCCCCAGAGUCUGAGAACAACCCCACGGUGACGUCGGUCCCCGAGGGAGAGAUGGAGAGUGGACAGGAGCUGAAGGAGGAAGGCGGCCCCACGGUGACAUCGGUCCCCGAGGGAGAGAUGGAGAGUGGACAGGAGCUGAAGGAGGAAGGCGGCCCCACGGUGACAUCGGUCCUCGAGGGAGAGAUGGAGAGUGGACAGGAGCUGAAGGAGGAAGGCGGCCCCACGGUGACGUCGGUCCCCGAGGGAGAGAUGGAGAGUGGACAGGAGCUGAAGGAGGAAGGUGGCCCCUUCCCGUCGCUGGGCUCCAGUGACCAGCAGGAGAGUCUGCAAGAGCCCUGCUCCCUGGGUUCCCGGAGAAGCAAGAGGAGGAGGAGGAAACGGAGACAGAACAAGAGUGCCUCUGCGUCCACAGGGCCAGAGUCCCUGUCCUCCCCCGCCUCCAUGCCCGGCGGCCUGCAUUUUCUGGCCAGCCCUGAGGUCCCGGACGCAGCCCUGCCCGCAAGCCCAGCUCAGGCAGCCACGGGGGGCGAGUCUGCAGGCAGCGAGGCCCCCCAGGAUCAGACUCGUGGGGAUGCCCUCCCAGAAGGAAAGGGCCAGGAAGGGCCCAGCCCCACCCCUGCAGCCAGUGUGGAUGGUCCCGGAAAGAAAGCCGCUGCCCAGGAGCUGCCGCUGCCUGAGCCAGACGGGGCGCACUCUGAGCCCCGGAAGGAACUGCGGGCCGCCGGGCAGCGGCCUGCAGCCCCCGCCUCUGGGGCUAUUGAAGCCCCAGCUGAACCAGCAACUCCAGGGAAGGGAGCUGAGAAGAAAGUUCAAAAUAAGACUCAGGAAUCGAAACAGCCGCGCGCCAACGACCCUGCUUCCCGAGAGCACCGCCAGGAAUCUGAAACCACGGGCAAGACGGCCGUUUCUGGAGAGGAAGCCAAGCCCCAAGCCCUGAAGAAGCCGGGAGAGGCUCCCGGGCCGGACGCGGCCGCCAUGAAGGAGAAGGCGCAGAAGACGCAGAAAGCGGAUGUGCAGGAAGUGCCGCGGAGCGCCCUGAGCCCCGUGGAAGGGGUCACGGUGUUCUUCCACGCCAUCAUUUCCAAGGACUUCGGCUUCCAGCCCGACCAGCACAAGGUGUUUGUCCGUGGGGGCGCACAGCUUGGGGAGCCAGAAUGGAACCGGAACGUGUGCGAAAUGCACUGCACCAAAGACAUGCACCCUCACGGGUACCUCGUCGAAGGCAGCACUGUCAUCUCCAAGCAGCACCUGAACAAACCCAUUCCGUACAAGUACGUGGUCAACCGUGGCCAGAAGCAAGUAGAGUUUGAGUUCAUCUAUGAAAAUCAGAAGGGGAAUGCGCACAUCAACCGCUGCCUGCACGUGAAGUCUGAGCUGCUGGGCGCGGGAGACUGGCAUCAGUACGAUGACAUCGCUUGCAUGAAGCCACCCGGGAAGGUCCAGGCAUUCCUGAAUAAGUUGUGGGACCAGACGAGGAAUAAGCUGGUGAAGGGGAAGAAGAUCGCCGCUGGCAUCAUGGUGGACAGCCUCUUCAGCAUCCUCCAGUCCUGGAGCGCCAUCAACCUGAAGGGCUUCAUCACUCAGUUCCACCAGUUUUAUUCCGUCAUCCGAGCGCCCAUGAUCUACGAGAUGGGGCCACGGCCCUGGAGCUCCCUUCAGUACGAGGAGAAGCAGGUGAAGGAAGACCUGUGGGAGCAUUUGAAACACAAAAUGGCACCGUUACUGGCGGAGAAGCCCCUGCCUGCAGAUUUCCCGGUGAAGAGCCGGCUGAGGAUGGGCCUCGUUGUCCUGCGCUUGGUCCACGAACUUCAGCUUCCCGUGUCCGCGCCCGACCUGUCCUCGCUGUGCGACCUCCUUUGCUGGAAUGGCCAGUCCCUUGAGGAAUUCCACGCCGAACUAAGCCUCAUGGCCGAAGCGCCCCAGAGGUGGCGAGAGGCCCUGAUGGACCUGUGCCGAAAGAGCAUGGCCCAACAGGUCGACCUCUGGGUGGGCGUCUUGCCUGUGCUCCACCACUUCACGGAGCGGCCCCCUCCAGCAGGGGGCGCCGCGAUGCAGCAAGAGGACACCUGGGCAGCCCUCAGAGGCCUCCCUUUCAAGGAGUUUCGGGAAAAGAGAGCCAAUCAGAACCAGCUGCUGCAGCUGAUGGGGGAGAAGAAGCCACUGCUGGCCGUGGACGCAUACCUGUUCCGGUCCUGGUUCAGUCUGCUGCCGCUGCACAGCCUGGUUGCCUACCUGAAAGAGUUCACCGACUGCUUCAGUUGCUUUCGGGCCCGAGUCCUGGACUGUCUGCUGGGGACCUUCCACCGGCUUCAAGGACUGAAGGAAAUCUCUCAUGGAAACCUGAAGGAUGUUCAGGGCAUUUUGGAUAUGCUGUUGAACCUCCUGGACAAGUUUAAAGACAAGAUCCUCGAGGAGAACUCCAUCCAGUCCUGCUGGACCGUGUGCCUGGAGCUCCACGAGACUGUCUGCACACUCACCAAAAGCCCUGUGUUCCAUGAGCUGCCUGCCUUGUCUGCUGAGAUUGUUUGUGCAGUUACUACCGUGAAGCCUCCAGCGGAUUCAGAGGCAGGGCCGGGAAAGGAAGCCAGGGAAAGCUCAGCGAAGACCUUCGUCCAGGGCAUCCUCGCCACUACGAGAUCGUGGCUUCAGGGAAUCUUCAAGAAGAGCAUGUUCCGGAGCUCACACGACUCCUUUGUCACCGCUGUCACGUUCACAUACGACCAGGAGAUUCAGGUCUGGAGGCGGCUCGUGGGAAUAGACUUGCCCGCGGAGUCCGGCUGGAAGGAGUCGCUGCUGAGGGACAUGGAGGGCAGGAUCAGACAGGAGAGCCCCCGCGCCCGGAUCCUGGGCUUCUGCAGCUCCCGCUGGAAGGCCACCGGGGACAGCGUGUACAAGUGCUUUGAGAACUGCGCCAUCGAGGCCGUCAGCGCGGCCUGCCAGUCUCAGACCAGCGUCCUCGAGGGCCUGUCCUGCAGCGACUUGGAGCAGUUCGGGACCCUCGUGUCUGCCGUGAUCACAAAGUCCUGGCCGAAAAACAGCAGAGGCCCCGUGAAUGACCUGCCCGAGGUCCUGAAGCACCUGCUCACCGGGCCGGACGUCAAGCAUCUCUUCAGACUGUACGGAACCAACGAGCAACUACUAGAACACAUCACCAAGGAAGGCAGGGAGCGGAUGGCGACCGCUGACUCUGUCCUCAUGGAAGUGGCCGACGACCUCCUGAGCGGGGCGGUGUUGGUGGGACAGCUGGACCUGAUCUGGAACCACAAGACCCAGUUCCUGGACAUCUGGGAGCUGAAGAGGGAAAGUCUUUCGCCCCAGGAGAAAAAACAGGACAUGCAGCAAGUGCUGUGCUGCCGGUGGAAAGAGCUGACGUUUCUCCGGGAAGAGAGAAGACACGUGGACAGCCUCCUGAAGCUGUGCGAGGGGACGAAGCACCUGCUGAAAGUGGACUUCGGAGAGGUUGCGCAAAGACACUUGGAAGACCUGAGCGGUAAAAGCUUAAAUGACGCCGUGACGGUGAACACGUCACCCACCUCCUCAGACUUGCACAUGGUAACACAUUACCGCCUGAGCCCCCACAUCCAAGAAAUGGCCCAAAAGAUAGACAUGUUAAAGGACAGUCACAUCUUCCGGACCUUCUGGGAGGAGGUGGCAAAGGCGCUGCACUCGAUAAUGGAGGAGGAGAAAAUGGAGGAGGUGGCUAUGGACGUUGAGAUCACAUACAAAUACCUUUACGUCCCCUGUUUGACCAAGUUCCAUGAACUGUACAAAGACCUGAAGUCAGGAGACGUGACCUUGGCGAAAGUCGACACCAUCUUCAAGGUCUUUGUGAACCAAUACGACAGCCUCACCACCGACCUCAAUGCCAUGUGCGCCCUGGACCCCGGCGACCCGAACGACUGGGUCCCGGAGCGCGUCGAGCAGAUCAGCGAGUACCACCGCCUGCAGCGGGCCGCCGACGUGGCGAGGGUCAUCCAGGACGCCAAAGAGGCUUUGGGCCUGACCGGUGACUUCAACAUUCUCCACAUUUUAUUGAGACUUACGGACCGCGUGGAGGACCUCCGCCACGGGACCCUGGGCCAGAUCGACAAGCAGGUCGUGUCUGCCAGCAGGGCGCUGCAGGACAUCAACGAGCUCCGGCUCGAGGCCCUGCAGGAGCUGGCCCUGAGGAAGCAGUUCAUCAGCUGGGUCCAGGGGGCUCUCAGAGGUAUCCAUGAGCUGAAGGUGUUCGUGGACCUGGCCUCCAUCUCCGCGGGGGAGAACGACAUCGACGUGGACCGCGUGGCCUGCUUCCACGAUGCUGUGCAGGGCUACAGGUGCCUGCUCUACAAGCUGGACAUGAGCGCAGGUUUCUGCGAGUUCAUGGACCACCUGAAGGAGCUGUGGAAGGCUCUGCAAAACGACCAGUACCUGCCCAAAAAACUGCGUGACUCUGCCCGCAACUUGGAGUGGCUGAAGACGGUGAAGGAGAGUCAUGGGUCUGUGGAGCUGUCGUCCCUGUCACUGGCUACCGCCAUCAACAGCAGAGGCAUCUACGUGGUCCAGGCGCCCGCUGAUGGCCAGCGGCUCUCCCCAGACACGGUGCUCUGUCUCACCCUCCCUGGGAGCCACGGGGACAUCGAGGAGGAGCGAGAGUACUCCCUGGAGGAGCUGAAGGAGCUUUUGAACAAGCUGAUGCUCAUGUCCGGCAGGAAAGACCAGAAGAACGUGGAGGUGGAGGUGUUCUCGGAGGUGUUCUCCAGCGUGGAGAGGCUCAUGAGGUCCUUCAUCAGCCUUUACUCGGCCGGGAACUUGCUGUUCCGGGACUGGAAGGCCAAGGUGCGCUGCUCCCCCGAGGCGGACGCCUCCGUGCUGGUGGACUUCGGCCCGGGGCCGCUGCAGGUGCUGGAGGGCCGCGGGCCGCUGGGCCCGCUGCUGGAGGCCGUCUGCCGGCAAAUGGAGUUCUUCCUGGGCCAGUGGGAGACGUUCGUGGCUCAGAAACGAGCCGAACACUUCUACCUCAACUACUACACGGCUGAGCAGCUGGUCUACCUGAGCAUGCGGGUCCUGAGGUACCCGGCCGAGGACGCUGCCCUCACCAUGCUGUCCUUCCUCAAGCCCGACUGCAGCGCCCAGGAUGUCUGGGAGGCCUGCCGCAGGCCUGACGGCGCAGCCGCCCAGCACCGGCCGCAGACCGAGAUGGAGCAUUUGCUGUCCGUGCUCCGUGGUCCGUCCGGCUUGGCGGACAAGCUCCGGGCCAUCAUGGAACAGUCCCUGACGGGCAUGUGUGACUUCCUGCCCCACUGCCUGGACCUCGAGGGCCUGGGCCGCUGUCUGGCUCACCUGGCGACGAAGGGCCGGCCUCCCGUUGUGCGCGAGCUCCCGAGAGGCCUGCAGGCCGGCCAGCCCAACCUCAUCGUCUGCGGCCCCGCGGAGGUGCUGCUGGCCACCCUGGCCAUCUACAUGCGCAGCCUGCUGCAGCCGCUGCCCACCUACGACGAGGUGCUGCUGUGCACGCCGGAGACCACGUUUGAGGAGGUGGCGCUGCUCCUGCGCCGCUGCCUGAGCGCCGGCGCCCGGGGCCGCGGCGUGUACAGCCUGCUGCACGCAGAUCAGCUGAGCUACGAGGUGGCCUGCCGGGUGGAGGCGCUCUUCCAGAACCUGUGCACGCGGCCCCACCGGGAGGACUACCAGCUCGUCCUGGUCUGCGGCUCCGAGCGGGAGCACUGCUACCUGCCCUCGGCCUUCAGCCAGCACAAAGUCCCCGUCACCCCGCAGGCAUCCCUCGAGGCCAUGCAGGCCUACCUGGCACAUCACUUCAGGGUCCCGGAGCGGACCCCGUCGGCCGCGGCCGUGUUCAGGGACCGGAUGUGUGUUGGGAUCGUGGCCUCGGAGAGAGCGGGUGUCGGAAAGUCUCUCUACGUGAAGAGCUUGCAUCAAACUCUGCAAAUGAAGUUUAGCAGGAAAAACGCGCGUCUCCAAGUUAUCCGACUGAUCGACCCGCGGGUGGACGAGCAGCAGGUCCUGGGCUCUCUGCUGCCCUUCCUGAGCGCGCAGUACCAGGCACAGCCCAUGAUAUUCCACUUCGACGUGACCUCCUCGGUGCAGACUGGAAUCUGGGCGUUUCUUUUUAAGCUCCUCAUCCUACAGCACUUGAUGGACAUAAAUGGGAAAAUGUGGCUUCGGAACCCGCGCCAUCUGUAUGUCAUCGAGAUUCUGGAAGGGCAGUCGGCGCUGCUUCAGAGGCCUUCCCGACGGAGGAUGCAGAAUCCCCAGUUCAGCUUUCUUGACAUCUUCCCCAAAGUCACCUGCCGGCCCCCCAAGGAAGUGAUAGACAUGGAGCUCCGUCCCCAGUGGCACUGCGGAGAGCCAGGAAUGGAUCAGGCCAAGUUCUGCAGCGAAACCUUCCAGAGACCUUUCCAAUAUUUGAAACGGUUCCAUCAGAAACAAGACCUGGAUGCGUUCCAGUUCCGGGAAGGCUGGGUGGAGGGCACUCCCAAGGAGUGCAUCCAGCACUUCCUGAUUUACUGCGGGGUGGCCGACCCGUCCUGGUCGGAGCUCUGGAACUUUGCACGGUUCCUGAACUAUCAGCUCAAAGACUGUGAGGCCUCUCUCUUCUGCAAUCCCAAGAUCGUCGGGGACACGCUACGGGGCUUCAAGAACUUUGUGGUCACCUUCAUGAUUCUCAUGGCGCGAGAUUUCGCCACACCAACACUUCACAUGUCUGACCAGAGCCCAGGGAAGCACAUGGUCCCCAUGGAUGGAGUCGAGGAAGAAGACAUCGCCCCUUUCUCUCUGCGAAAGCGGUGGGAGUCAGAGCCGCACCCGUAUGUGUUCUUCAACGACGACCACACAUCCAUGACAUUCAUAGGCUUCCAUCUGCAGCCCAACUCGAAGAACAUGGUUGACGCCAUCGAUCCCUUGAGUAAGAAGGUGAUCAAGAAAGACAUCAUGACGACGGACUUGUACCGGGGGCUGCUGCUGCAGAGGGUGCCCUUCAAUGUUGACUUUGACGGGCUGCCCAGACAUGAGAAACUCCAGCGGCUCUGUCUGGCGUUAGGGAUCCAGUGGCCCGUUGACCCCGAUGAGACAUAUGAGCUCACGACGGACAACAUGCUUAAGAUCCUUGCCAUCGAGAUGCGCUUCCGGUGUGGGAUCCCCGUUAUCAUCAUGGGAGAGACCGGCUGUGGGAAGACCAGACUCAUCAAGUUCCUCAGCGGCCUGCGGCGCGGCUGCACCCAGGCCGACACCAUGAGGCUGGUCAAGGUCCACGGGGGGACCACCGCAGACAUGAUCUAUGCCAGAGUCCAGGAGGCGGAACGCCUUGCCCUCACCAACAAGAGGGAGCAUCAGCUGGACACCGUGUUGUUCUUCGACGAGGCCAACACAACGGAGGCCGUCAGCUGUAUCAAGGAGGUCCUGUGUGACCGCACGGUGGGCGGCCGGCGGCUGGUGCAGGGCUCCGGCCUGCACAUCAUCGCGGCCUGCAACCCGUACCGGAAGCACUCCCCGGAGAUGAUUGCCCGCUUGGAGGCCGCCGGCCUGGGCUACCGGGUGAGGGCCGAGGAGACGGCGGACAGGCUGGGCUCCACGCCGCUCAGGCAGCUGGUGUACCGGGUCCACGCUCUGCCACCGAGCCUGGCUCCUCUGGUGUGGGACUUCGGGCAGCUGAAUGACACCACAGAAAGGCUGUACAUCCGGCAGAUCGUCCAGAGGCUGGUGGACACCACCGCGGUCGGCGAUGACGACGUGCGCGUGAUCACCGACGUGCUGUCCGCCUCCCAGCGCUUCAUGAGGAAGCGAGGCGGCGAGUGCGGCUUCGUCAGCCUGCGGGACGUGGAGCGCUGUGCGAGGGUCUUCCGGUGGUUCCACGAGCGCAGCGCGAUGCUGCUAUCCUGGCAGCGCGCCGUCUGCCACAAGCCCGACGCCAGCGGGGACAGCAGCUUCGAGGACGGGGAAGACCCCGUCCUCUGGGCGCUGGUGCUGGCCGUUGGCGUGUGCUACCACGCCUCUCUGGAGAAGCAGGAGUCGUAUUGGGAAGCCAUCUGCCAGUUCCUUCCACAGCCGUACAAUGAUGGCAAGGCCGUGCUGGCCACGAUCACGCGGGCGCAGGACCUCUUUCUGGAUGGCGUGUCUCUGCGGAAAACCAUCGCCAGGAACACGGCUCUGAAAGAGAAUGUCUUCAUGAUGGUCGUCUGCAUCGAGCUCAGGAUCCCUCUCUUCCUGGUGGGCAAGCCCGGCAGCUCCAAAUCUCUGGCCAAGACCAUCGUGGCGGACGCCAUGCAAGGCCAGGCUGCCCACUCGGACCUCUUCCGGAACCUGAAGCAGGUCCACCUGGUGUCGUUCCAGUGUAGCCCACACUCCACCCCCCAGGGCAUCAUCAGCACCUUCAAGCAGUGUGCCCGCUUCCAGCAGGACAAGGACCUGCAGCAGUACGUCUCCGUGGUGGUGCUUGACGAGGUCGGCCUGGCCGAGGACUCGCCCAAAAUGCCCCUCAAGGCCCUGCACCCACUGCUGGAAGAUGGAUGCAUCGAAGAUGACCCCGCCCCCCACAAAAAAGUGGGCUUCAUCGGCAUUUCCAACUGGGCCCUGGACCCCGCCAAGAUGAACCGGGGCAUUUUUGUGUCCCGCGGCAGCCCCAACAAGGAGGAGCUCGUGGAAAGUGCCAAGGGGAUCUGCUCUUCGGAGCCCCUCGUGCAAGAAAGAAUCAAAGGCUACUUCGCGCCCUUCGCCAAAGCCUAUGAAACAGUGUGCAAGAACCAAGACAAGGAAUUCUUUGGGCUCCGGGACUACUACAGCCUCAUCAAGAUGGUCUUCGCCAGCGCAAAAGCUUCUAACAAGAAGCCUUCCCCGCAAGACAUUGCCCAGGCCGUCCUCCGGAACUUUAGCGGCAAAGAUGGCAUCCACGCUCUGGACAUCUUCGCGGCCAGCUUGCCCGAGGCCCGGCUCUCCGAGGGGGUCAGCACCAUGCAGCUGAUUGAGCAGAACGUGUAUGGGGACCCCGCGCGGGCGCCAGGCGGGGUCCUGGAGGACUCGGAGUCCCGCUACCUGCUCCUGCUGACCAGGAACUACGUGGCCCUGCAGAUCCUGCAGCAGACCCUCUUCAGUGAGGACCAGCAGCCGGAGAUCAUCUUUGGCUCCAGUUUCCCCCGGGACCAGGAGUACACCCAGAUCUGCAGAAACAUCAACCGGGUGAAGAUCUGCAUGGAGACCGGCAAGAUGGUGGUGCUGCUCAACCUGCAGAACCUGUACGAGAGCCUGUACGACGCCCUCAACCAGUACUACGUCCACCUCGGGGGCCAGAAGUACGUGGACCUCGGCCUGGGGACCCAUCGGGUCAAGUGCCGGGUCCACCCGGACUUCCACCUGAUAGUCAUCGAAGAGAAAGAUGUCGUCUACAACCACUUCCCCAUCCCCCUCAUUAACCGGCUGGAGAAGCAUUAUUUGGACAUCAACACCGUUUUGGAGAAAUGGCAGAAGAAGAUCGUGGAGGAGCUCAAGGGCUGGGUGGACAAGUUCGUCAGUGUCACAGCGACACCUGUUGGAGUCGCACACAGAUACAGACCUUCGGACGUCUUCAUCGGCUACCACUCGGACACCUGCGCCUCUGUGGUGCUCCAGGUCAUCGAGAGGCUUGGUCACAGGGCCGCGACCCCCGAGCAUUACCAGGAGGUGCUGGAGGGCGCCAAGCGGGUGCUGCUGGACUGCGCCACGCCCGACGCCGUGGUCCGUCUCUGCAUGUCCCCCCUGGGCUUGUUCGACGCGCGUUCCCUGUCACAGGAAUACUACUACCGGCAGCAACACGACUCCUUCGCAGACUUCCUGCAGGCUCACCUGCGAGCAGCUGAGCCGGAGCGCCGCGCCGUCUUCACCGAGAUUACCACUUUCUCCAGACUGCUGACCAGUCACGACUGCGAGGUUUUAGAGUCAGAAGUCACCGGCGGGGCCCUGAGACCCACGAUCCUGUCGCUGCAGCAGUUUGACACCGAGCACUCCUUCCUCAGAGAAGUCCGAAACUGCCUGGAUCGCACAGCUCCGCGCAAGAUCCUUGUCAUCCAGACGGACUUCGAAGACGGCAUGUGCAGCGCUCAGCUCAUUGCCUCCGCUAAGUAUUCUUCUAUAAAUGAAAUCAACAAGCGCCAAGAGCAUCAGCACUGCAUCUUCGUCUAUUUCAUCACCAAGCUGUCCCGGAUGGAAAGUGGAUCGUCCUACGUUGGGUCCCAUGGAGGGCUGUGGCGGUCUGUGCACAUCGAUGACCUCCGGAGGUCCACUGUCAUGUCUUCGGAUGUGACGAAGCUGCAGGACAUGACCAUCAGCCAGCUGUUUGAUCCAGACAGUGAACCUGAGUCCGUGGUGGGACACGGGGCCGGAGACGGCCGCGAGGAAGAGAUGGAAGUGGAGGGCGAUGAGCCCGGCGCGGCCCGGGCGGACGUGGAGACGAACCGUCCUGAGGUGCGGGAGAGCCAGGCCUCCGGGCCCCGGGGCUGCCACACGCCGGCCCUGGACACCGGACACCUGCUGCGCAGCUGCAUACAGGGCGCCGUGGGUCUGCUCCAGGACCCGAGCGAGUGCGGCCAGCGCCACGUGAGGCGCGUGGAGCUUCUGCUCAGCCUCCUCAGCGAGGACAAUGCGCACACAGCUGCUUUCUUCCGGGUGGCCAAGCGGCAUCUCCGUGGCCUCUUACAGAGGCAGGAGGAGAGCUUCGGGUUCGACAGGAAGCAGUGGGUGGUGAAGGAGGCCUCCAGCCCCAACGCCCUCCAGGAGGCAGGGACGUUCAGGCACACCCUCUGGAAGCGGAUCCAGGGCGCCGUGACCCCUCUCCUGGCCAGCAUGGUGUCCGUCAUUGAUAGAAACGGCAACCUGGAGCUCCUGGCCGCGCCCGAUACCCCGUCCUGGACAAGAGACCUUUGGAUGUUUAUUUUCAGUGACAUGAAGUUUCUGAACAUUCCUCUCGUGGCGAAUGCUCCCAGCCGGUUCCGAAGUGAGGCGGCCCACAUCCCGGUGCCGAGCCACAUGCAGCUCUCCCAGGAUGACCACAGCAGCUUCCCGUUCAGCUGGAGAAUCAGGGACUACGUGGACGAGCUGGGGGCCCAGGCUCAGUACAUCUCCGAGCCCACAGGAGCGUCCAAGAAGCUGCUGGAGAUCUUCCAGCAGACGCCUCUGGGCCUCUUCCUGGCACGGCUCCCUGGGGAAGAGCGGCAGGAGCUGCUCCACUGCUACCUGCGGGACUUCCUGCUCUUGACCAUGAAGGUGUCCAGCGGGGAAGAACUGACGUUCCUGCAGAUGGCGCUGUGGUCCUGCAUCCAGCAGCUGAGCCUGGAAAGCCACCCUGAGGAGCUCUCCCUCCCCUGGGUGCACCUGGCCUACCAGCACUUCAGGACGCGGCUCCAGAACUUCUCCAGAAUCUUGACCAUCCACCCCCCGAUUCUAGACAGCCUAAAGGCAGCCACACGGAGCCGCAACUUGGCCGGACGCGAGAUGACUCUGGACGUGUCUGCGGCGCUGGCCUGUGCUGAGCUGCUGCUGAGGGACCUGCUGAAGCCCAGCCCCCAGGCGUGGCUGCAGACGGUGAAGAGGCUGUCGAUGCCCCUGGAGCUCCUCUGCUCCGACGGGUCCCUGCAGAGCCACAGGGGCAUGGCCGGAAGCCUCGUCAGGGAGGUCAGAACCCACUGGAAUCGCAUUUUCUCUGUCGCGCUCUUCGUGGAGCACGUUCUCCUGGGGACCGAGAGCCACCUGCCUGAGCUGCGCGCGCUGGUGGCUGAGUCUGCCUGCAUUCUCGAUAAGCGUCUGCAAGGGAACUCGGACAUCAAGACCUUCCAGCCAUUCAGAGCGGUGAUGAAGACUCUCUGUGAGUGUAAGGAGCAGGCCAAGGACACCUUCAUGCGGUCCAGGGUCCCCUCAUGCUCCGCCUGCCUAGGAGACGCUCGCGACCCCGUCUGCCUGCCCUGCGAGCACGUGUUCUGCCUGCGCUGCGUCCGAGCCUGGCUCACCCUCGGGCAGAUGGACUGCCAGCAAUGUUUGGCUGAGCUGCCGGAGGACUUCUCCCCAGAGGUGUCCCAGGAGAUGAGGGCUGCCAUUGAGAAGCACGCCCACUUCCGACGCUUGUGUACCGGCUUCUUCGUGGACCUGGUGUCCACCAUGUGCUUCAAAGACAACUGUCCCCCGGACAAGGACGUGGUGGACCUGCUGCUGUCCCUGCUCUUUGUGGAGAAGAAGCACUUAAGAGGCGCGCCCCAGAGACACCGUGAACACACAAAAUGUCUGUCUCCAUUUGAUGACGUCGUGGACAAGACGCCCGUCAUCCGCUCCGUGGUCCUGAAGCUGCUCCUGAAGUACAGCUUCCACGAAGUGAAAGGUUAUAUCCAGGACUACUUGACCCAGUUAGAAAAGAAAGCGUUUCUGGGUGAAGACAAGACGGAGCUGUACCUGCUCUUCAGCAGCUGCCUGGAGGACUCGAUCCGCGAGAAGCGCAGCACCGUCUCCGGGAGUGACGACCUGAGAUGCCUGCGGGAGGACGUGCAGUUCUUCUGGGAGCGCCUGCAGGGGCCCCGGGAGCCCACCCCCGAGGCCUCGGUGGAGGGCCUGCAGGAGGUGGCCAGGCUCCGCCUCUGCCUCGACAAGGCCGCCGACAUCCUUGCUGAGCUUCGGGCAGGCUCGGCUGUGGCCGAGGAGGCGAAGCAGUACCUGUGGCAGGUGGAGCUCUUCUGCGCGCAGGCCGGGAACGACUGGUACCGGGUGUACCUGGUGAGGAAGCUGACGAGCCUGCUGGGGAUGGAGUCUGUGCAGCAUCUGUCCCGGCCCGGCCACCCGGCCCAGUGGGUGUUUCCCAAGGAAGUCAUCGCACAGCAGAGGGAUCACCUGGGCCACAUGGACCGUUUCCUGGUGCAUGGGCAGGAGUACAAGGCUGUCCGUGACGCUGUGGGCAAAGUCAUGCUGGAGUGCAGGCCACAGGCUGUCAAGACGGCUCUGCAGGCCUGCAGGAGCUCCGAGACGCACCAGGCGGCCUACCUGCUGCUGGCGCUGUUCCGAGAGGUCACCACCCUGUACAGGUCCCGCAGCGCCAGCCUGCACCCCACACCCGAGCAACGUGAGGCUGUGAGCAAAUUGAUUGAAGAAAGCCCGACCCUCUCCCAGGACAUGAGAGAUUUCGCAAUAUCCCUUGUGACCCGCGCGCUGCCACUGCUGAGGGCGGGUCCCGGCGGUGGCAGCCUUGAGGGCGCGGUGAUAGAAAUGGCUGUUCACGCUGCUGUCAUCCUCUUCUGCGGACAACACCGAGUCUUGGAACCCCUAAGGAACUUGGCCUUCGCCCCAGCCACCAUGGCGAGGGCGUUUCUUCCAACCAUGCCUGAGGACUUGCUGGCUCAAGCCAGAAGCUGGAAGAGCCUGGAAGCCGUCCAGUGGUACACAUGCCCCAACGGUCACCCGUGCGCCGUGGGAGAGUGUGGCAGGCCCAUGGAGCAGAGCUUCUGCAUCGACUGCCGCCUGCCCGUCGGAGGGACGAACCACAGACCUCAGGCGGGAUUCACUACUCUCCAACACACCGCAGACAGAACUCAGACUGGCCACGUGCUGGGAAUCCCACCCCGCAAGGAUGAGGCGGUGGUUUCCGACCGGGACCUAUCCCCGGUGGUCUUUCUUCUUGCUCGGCUCCUCACUCACCUGGCUCUGCUUCUGGGAGCGGCUCGCAGCCCGCAGGCCAUGAGUGCCAUUAUCCACCCUCCCGUGGAGGACCCGAGAAAGUUUCUAGAGGAGCACAUCCACAGGGACAUGGAGCAGCUAAUGAAGACACUGGGCAGGAGUGCUGACGACACGGCCAGCGUGGUCCACCUCGUCCUGCACAGCCUCCUUACGGAGCAGCGCCACCGCCCUGCGCAGGAGCCUUUCCAUUUUGAUGCCACCUUGUCAACCAAGGAACAGAGAAACUCCUGGGAAAAGUGUGUGGAAACUCUCAUUUCACCUGAACUCAAGCAUCUGGAUAAAGCUCUCCUGACAGUGAACGCUCUCAUCAGCCAUGAUGAGCGUAUCAGCUCCAACCCGGUGGCCAAACUUGUAUUCCACGACCCAGUGGCCUUCCUGCCCCACCUGCCCCAGAACAGCGUGGUUCACAGCUCCAAGAUGUGGAGCUGUAGGACGAGGGUCACCGUGGAGUAUCUCCAGCACAUCGUGGAGCAGAAAAAUGGGAAAGAAACCGUGCCUGUCCUUUGGAAGUUCCUGCAGAAGGAAGGAGAGCUGAGGCUGGUGAGGUUCUUGCCCGAGAUCUUGGCUCUGCAGAGGGAUCUUGUGAAAUGGUUCCAGAAUGCUUCAGAAGCUGAGUACCCAUCCAUCUACGACUUUAUUUACAGUCACAGUUCAGGUGGGCUGAAGCAGCUGCUCCACAACAGAUUCGUGCUGUUUCUGUCCACAUGGAACAGGCUGAGGCGGUCCCUGGAGACCAAUGGUGAAAUCAAGCUACCUAAGGACUACUGCAGCACGGACCUCAGUCUGGACGCCAAGCUCGAGGUCGUUCUGCCGCGCCGCCAGGGCCUGGGCCUCUGUUCCACCGCCCUAGUCAGCUACCUGAUUACCCUGCACAAUGAAAUGGUCUACACGGUGGAAAAGUUCUCUGAGGAAGAAAACAACUACUCGGUCGAUGCCUCUGAGGUCACUGACCUGCACGUCAUCAAUUACGAGGUGGAGCGUCACCUGACUCCACUCAUCCUCUCCAACUGCCAGUACCAAGUGGAGCAAGGUGGCGAGAGCCUGCAAGAAUUCGACCUGGAGAAGAUCCAGCGCCAGCUCACCAGCCGCUUCCUCCAGGGCAAACCCAGGCUGACCCUCCGGGGGCUCCCCACGCUGGUGCGCAGACACGACCGGAACUAUGAGCUCCUCUUCGCCAGCAUCAGGAGCAAUGUGCCCCAAGUCCCCCUCCCCAACUCGGCCCUCAGCACCAUCAGUGGGCAGCUGCAGUCCCAUAGUGAUGCCUGUGAAGCUCUCUCUGUCAUAGAGGUCACUUUGGGGUUUUUGAGCACAGCUGGAGAGGACCCGAACAUGGACUUGAACGUAUACAUCCAGGACAAGCUGCGAAUGAGCGAUCAGACGGAGCAGGUCCUAAAGGCCCUGCACAGGUGUCAGCUGAGGCACGUCAUCGCCCUCUGGCAGCUCCUCUCUGCUCACAAGUCUGAGCAGCAGCUGCGCCUGAGAAAAGAGCCGUUUGAGGAGAUCAGUGCCAGGUACGGAGUUGAGCUCAGCCCGGAAUGUGCUAAGCUCCUGAGCACAUUCCUGAACCAGGGCGGCCUGGACACCUUCCUCCUGGAGCUCCAUGAAAUGAUGGUUUUGAAGCUGAAGAACCCCCAAACCAAGCAGGAUUUCAACCCCAACUGGAGCCUGAAGGAAACUCUAGUAACUUACAUGGAAGCUAAAGACAGCGACAUUCUGCCUGAAAUGGAGGCUCAGUUCCCAGAAGAGAUACUGCUCUCCAACUGUGUCUCUGUGUGGAAAAUGGCAGUGGAGCUGAAACGGGGUCGACAGAUGAGAUAGGAUCCCUUCCUUGGUACCGUCUCUGACUCAGGCUGGGGGAGAGAAGGCUCCCCACCCCUCACCAACACGGGGCGCCCCCGCUGCCCUGCGUCCCUGCGACUGUUGUCUCAGGGGUGUGUCUGCGCGCCCACUCUUUCUCAUCAGGGGAUGAAUCCUGAUCUCUGAGAGUUGACCCCUGAGUAAAUCGCUGCUCCUCACAUCCCAGGGGAAUGUAUAGGAAUGGUCUGUCUCAGGCCUUCAGGCCUCUUUCCAGGAACAUUUCUAGCCACCGGGCCCCUUCCUCCUCAGACUAUUACACGGUCAGAGGGAGGGAACAUGGGUUACUUAUUUUUGCCUUUAUAUAUUUUCUAAUAUGUUCUGCACUCUUAAAAAGAAUCUGGCUUUUUUUCUUUCUUCUGUUUCUUUAAAUUCUGAGUAUUAUACAAACGUCUCUAGGUUUCCAGGAACAAUAAACGAGUGCCAGGCUCUGCGCCCUCUCACGAGCCAGGGCGCUCUGAGUGACAGGCCCUGGAGCCAGGCCACUGCGACCUCAUCAGGCCCCCUGACAGGCCACUGCCACAUUUCAUGGUCUAAGACCUUCAGAGUCUUAGUUUCCUGGUUUUCAAAUGAAGGAACUGGAUUGAUUGAUGGCCAGAUUUCCUCCCAAUUCUAGUAUUUUGAAAUUCUAAAUGAAAGUUUCUCAGUGCAGACUUGGGCCAAAGGCACAGCCCUGGCAUUCUGCGGGGCGUGUCUGGCUGGCACCAUGCCGAACAGGCACGGCCCCCGCGUCCGAGUGUGCGAGUAUCCGGUGCCAGCACUGUGUCUCGGCCAGGGGGUAAGAACGGACUCAGGACACAAAACCAGUCAAGUCUCCAAGGAAGGAACGGGAGAGCGGCCGGCCAGCGCUGAGCUCCUGCCGCCCGCCCACACGAGUGUCGGCCCUCUUCUCCGCGAGCACGCGGGUGCGGUGAGAGCCAUCCGGGCUCAUCCCUGCCCUUCGGCCUCGGCGCCCACGACCACUGAGAAACAGCCGUUUGCAACCAGGCAAAGGUCUUUCAUGUGCGUUCUAGGAGAAUUAAUGACUCCGUCAGCUUGAAAUUGGGUCCACCAGUGAGGAGAGCUAUUCAAACAGCAAAUGCCCACCAGGAACCCCGGGCAUGCCCUCAGCGCCGGCCGGGAACGCAGAAGGCCCUGCCCUCGUCACUACUGCUCUUCCUCGUUGUCGUGUGUGGUGAGGGGAGGCCAGUGAUCCGGGCCCCACACUCACUCACCUGACCUAGAACCUAUGUGCUUUCAGUGAUCUGACUGUUCAGUCCUUCCAAACUAUGCAAAGGCCCCCCCCUGACAUCUGCGUCCUCAAUUCCCAUUUAAUUGCCAUUUAACGGGAAGGGGGGGUUGCUUGUUCAACUCUUCAACUUGCACUUGGAACUCCUUUGAUACCUCAGAGUGAGGGGCCGCUCUGGUUCCUCACUGGGCCACCCAUGCCUGAGUGGAAGACCCUUUUUUGGGGGGGGGAUGGGAAUUUUAUCCCCACUUUUAUGAAAGUUUUUAAAUUAUGAUGUUUUGUUUUGUAUGCUAUGUUUUCAAAGCCUUAACUCAAUAUCUAGUAUCUUGUUGGUACAAAAAUAUAGUGGCUUAGCAGAGACAAAGGAAAAUUUUUACUAUAGUUGUCACACCUGUUUAAUAAACUUAAGUCUAGCUGCUAA